AUGGAGUUAGAUGUAAAACGUCAAACUCAUUCAUCUGAUUUGUUUCUUUCGUUUUUUUUCCAUCAUCAUUUAACACCACACCCACAACAUCGUUCGUGCUUCGACCUGUUAGCACCUAAGUCCCUCUUAGCAAGGUGUUUCUUAAUCAAAGAUGGUGGGUCUACGAUAGUUUAUUCAGGAGUCAUUAAAAUUUUCGACUGCCACGAGCUCAGGAAUCUGGUACAAAAUGAUCAAGCUCUAUUGAAGACUGACAACAGAUGA